AUGGCUCAACCAAGCAAGACAUCUCCCAUGUGCACCAUUAUCCCUCCGGACCUUCUCAUCCACAUCUCCAAAUCGGACAAAGUCUCCCAAAAGGCACGAGAUGGUGCAAAUAGUACACUCAAGCGCUGUGAUGAUGUAAACAAGAUCCGUCAUGCCGCAUUGCACUCUCGCCUCUCCGCAGCUUCGAAGGCUGCGGGUCCUUUUGAUCUCAAAGCUGCUCCAAAAGCUGCUGCUGGGGUCAGCCAUUUGAGCCGCACAAUCUGGGAUUGCCAGCACCGCGCCGGUUUGCCAAUCGAUCUCAACCACGAUGGUAUUCCAGACACCAAUAUCCAAGGACUUCCCCGCUUCAGAGGACCCAAGCUGGCUGCAGAGGGGCAUGUCUGGAAGGACACAGACGACCAGAGCGCAAAGAACGUGUACGAACAGUUCAAGCAAACCUAUGAUUUCUUCUUUGAGGUCUUGGGUCGGGACUCCAUCGACAAUCACGGCCAGAAGCUCAUUGGCGCUGUGCAUUAUGACGAGGACCGACAGCCGGGGUUCUUCAACGCUUUCUUCUUCAAUGAAGUGAUGGCUUACGGUGACGGUGAUGGAGAAAUCUUUCGUAGCUUCACGGAUAUCAUCGAUAUCACGGCACACGAGCUCACCCAUGGCGUCACUGAGGCGACCGCACAGCUCGUGUAUGAGAACCAAUCUGGCGCAUUAAACGAAUCCAUGUCGGACGUCUUUGGUUCACUGGUCAAACAGUAUUCGAAGGUUCCGAAGCAAGAUGCACGCAGUGCAGACUGGUUGAUCGGUCGGGGUCUCUUCUUGGUUCCUGAUGCGCGUGCACUCCGUGAUAUGGCCAACCCCGGAACGGCCCAUGGUAACACGGGAAUAACCGGUCGGGAUAGACAGCCGCGAGACAUGGAUGGAUACAGGGAGUUGUUUCCUCCGAACAGUGAUCCAGUAACCGGAAAUGACAGCGGCGGUGUGCACUUGUACUCUGGUAUCCCCAACCGGGCCUUCUUCCUUGUCGCUACUACCCUUGGCGGCUUUGCCUGGGAGAAAGCAGGCAAGAUCUGGUAUAAUACCAUGCUCGACCCCAAGAUUCGCGGUGUGAAUCCUAGGACUGCAUUCAAGACGUUCGCAGAUUUGACUGUCAAAUACGCAGAGGAAUUUGGACCUGAUGCCGUUCAAGCGGUGAAAGAUGCGUGGACGGAUGUGAAGGUGUAUCCCUGGAACCCAGUCUGGAUGGCUGCAGGUGAAAGAGGUGAACUUUGA